CCCAGCACAAGUCGACAUCUCGACCUUUGACCGCAGUCGGGAAGCAGUAUCACCUCUUGUGACCACGUCGUCCUCUCUCCACGGUACAGUACCGCCCAAACUCUCGUUCAGCAGAUGGCUACGAUCCACAUGCCACGUACCUGUCAACCACCGUCAUGGUGAGCCUCUCCGGCUUUCUGUUCAUCUACGUCCUGGGCGGAAUCACCUUCAUUCCACUCGUUCUCGUCGUCGUUCUACUACACGCUCGUUACCUUCUCCCAGUCCGCGACGCGACUUCGGAUACAUCCCACACUACUACAGACAGACCGGGAGAGAACAGCAAGUCUUCGAAAGACGACGAUAAGAGCUGGGAAAUUGACUCCGGCAAGCUUCCGGCCGAGCUCAAAAAGCGUACACAUGAGCCAGACGUCGCGGCCGGUUACUUUGCAGUAUGUCGAGAAUAUGUGCCUGGAGGUGUCAAUGGCAAGCCGCCAGAGCGAACGACACCGGCGGGCGAGGUAGUAGCCACGGAGAGUCCGAGCGUGUACCAGAGCAUGUACCGCAGUAUAUUUGACCGGAACAAGAGUCAGAUCCCUACAUUGGACAGCGGUAAGACAGGAAGCAAGCCUCUGAAGAAGGCGCGGAACGUGUUCUUUGUGGUCCUGAGACAUGGGCACUUGAUGCUAUAUGACGACGCCGAACAGCUCGAAGUACGCCAUGUUAUAUCGCUAGCCUACUACGACGUCGAUGUAUACGCUGGAGGCGAGACCAUACCGGAAGGAGAGCUUUUCAUCAAGCGAAAUUGUGUACGGCUGGUCCGACGUCGAGCCCUUGGGACUCUUGACACCGACGCGAAACCAUUCUAUCUGUUUUGUGAUAACUGCUCCCUGAAGGAAGACUUCUACCACGCAAUGCUGGCGAAUCAAGAGAAACGACCCGACGCUUCUGACAGCCCUCCGAGCCCUCUGCAAUUCGACACGCAAGACAUCGUCAAGCUGGUGCAAACACUUCAUGCCUCUGAAGAGACUUUGCAAACCAGAUGGUUCAAUGCAUUGUUGGGGCGCGUCUUUCUAGGCAUAUAUCAGACGCCAGACAUCCUGGAUCAUGUGAAAGCAAAGAUCACCAAAAAGAUUGCGCGAGUGCCCAAGCCUGCGUUCAUCACCAGUAUCACUGUGCAGAAAAUUGAUAUGGGAGAUGCCGCUCCAACGAUUACGCACCCUAAGUUGCGAGACUUGUCGGUAGAUGGACAGUUGACAUGCGAAGCGGACGUGCAAUACAAAGGGAACUUCUCCAUUGAGAUUCUAGCCGUUGCGCGCAUAGACCUUGGAAAGAGAUUUCAGGCUCGUGAGGUCCAUCUCACUCUUGCGGGAGUCCUCAAGAAACUCGAAGGGCAUCUGUUGAUCCGGAUCAAGCCACCACCGAGCAACCGAAUAUGGAUAUCCUUCGAAACAGCGCCCCAGGUUGAAAUGUCCAUUGAGCCCAUCGUUAGCCAACGCCAAAUCACGUACGGCGUCAUUCUCCGCGCCAUCGAAAGCCGAAUCAGGGAGGUCAUCGGGGAGACUCUCGUCUAUCCCAAUUGGGACGAUGUACCGUUCCACGAAACACUUCUCCAGAGAUUCAGAGGAGGCAUCUGGCGAGAUGAUCACAAGCUGAGGCCACUACCAGACCAGCAAACCGAUGCUGCCGAGCAUGGUCUCGUGGACAAGGUGGACAAGUUGGACAAGGGAUCGGAUUCUGAUGAGUCAGAUCUGCCAGCACCGUCACAAAGCCUUCGCGAGAAGACAAUGAGCAUGCCCUCUCUAGUCGACACCGCCCCGAGGAUCACGCAUCGUAAAUCGAUGUCCUCCAAAUCGGCCAUGUCGCUAGACGGUACUCACACUGAGCAAGGAACUUUGACCAGUUCUGAGUCCAGGUCGAGCCCAAAGCCAAGAGCUAUGCGAUCGACAUCCUUCGCCAGCGCUGCCACCCCUGUCGUCAACCUUGACCCUGCGACUGUGGAAGCCUUGAAACGUCCUGGCAAACAGAGUGUGGCCCAAAGCGCCAUCAAAGACAUCUCAAUGCGAUCGCCCCCAACUUCUCCUCCCGAGUCCCCAUAUGGAUCACCACCUCAACCGUCUCUAGUUGAGCAUGUCGUCAAGAAAGACAGCGUGUCUUCUCAGGAGUCUCAGAACGAGGAUGCAUUGGAGCCCGACUCUGUCAUAUCAUCUUCCCCAAAGCGCUCAAUGACGCAAGCAAGUAUCUCUACCACCGAUAGCUCCUCUUCACACGACUCAGGCAAGUCGAAAUAUGCCACAAUCAACGCAGUCUCGCGAGCAGGCCUGAACCAAGCAACCAUUGCGGCCAAGAAGUGGUUCGCAAAUCGCCAGCAGACACACAACCAACCCAAUGUACCCACAUUCACGGCAAAAGACGCCGCCGCUAUUCUACGCGGCGACAAGGAACUCGAAGCAUCACACGCUGCGCCUGCACCAGGAACUCCCUCGAAUCCCAUAGGCCGCGGCCAACCACUACCUCCACCCGGCCAACCUCUUCCUCAUCCUCCGAAACAGCACCAGACUGCCGGCGGCUGGUAUCUCACCAAACGCAAACCCGCACCACAGUCUUCCGGCAUGGUAUCACAUAGUCCUUUGAUGCCUGCAACACCCACUCGUCGCACAUCAAGUUCGGCAUCCUCGACCAUAGCAGACGCCACUAGCCUCGCCGAUCCUGGGCGGGAAAAGCAACGUGAUAGCGCGCCUGACACUCCCGAUCUGGUUCCCACCGCGCCCGAUCUGCCUCCGCGCCCCGGCUCGGCCCUUGAUCCCGGACUUUCAUCCGCUGAUCAAACCCACGACAUGUUCUCCAUAAAUACAGCUCCACUGAAUGACAAAAGCAUGAGCAGUUCCAAGUCCAUAGCCGCGAACGAGCGUCGCAAAUCUAGCACAGCCAGUCUUGCUGGCACAAGCACCCAUGCUGCCCCUCCAUCCUCGCCCCGCGCGCCCCCGCGCCGGAAGCGUCUGAGUGUUGCGCACGCUCGUGAUGUAGAUACCGGGCCUGAUAAUGGGCUGCUCGUUGUCAAGGCUCCUGUCGCGGACGACGUGAGUCCGCUGGCAAGUCCGGAGAAAGGCGUGAUGGGUGUUAUUGAUGAUCCAUUGGAUGUGGAAGCAGACAGAGUUGUGCGCAAAGAGGUUGAGAGUGCCAGUGGUGGGAGUGUCGAUGAGAGCAGGACGGAGAGGAUGGGACGCCACAGACACGAGAGGAGCGAGAGUAAAGACGACGAUGCAGAUGCGGUAUUUUUGAGUGCAAUGGACAUGUAGGCGCCGCUUAUGCAUUGCGUACAUGUACAUACAUAUGCACGCACACAGCUUCUCCGUAAGUGUCUUUCAGUGUGUGUGUGUGUGUCUGGGGAGUGCAGCGACUCUCCUCGUUGUAAUCCGAGUAUACGACACCUGCGACGUGUUCUUGCUUGACGUGUUUGAUCUCCACACCCAUACCUACACCUAUACCCACGCCCACGUCCACGUCCACACCUACACCCACAACCACAUACAUACCCACGCCCAACACCUACUCCCAUGCUCGCAGCGUUCCAUCCUCCUGAUCGUC